AUGAUAGUUGGAUGUGCAGGUGCAGGAAAAACAACUCUUCUUAGAAAGCUUCAUGGAGGAGGUAUAACAGAUGAAGAUGAACCCACUGAGACAACUAUCGGCCUUGAGGUCCAUGAAGAUUUAUUUAUUAUUAAGGAAAACAAGUUAACAGAUUUUGCGAAUGUUGACAACAGUAGAAAUCCAUAUCUUGACAACAACGUAAUAAGCAUGACAGACUUCGCAGGACAAGUGGCGUACUACGCAUGUCACCAGGUUUACCUCUCAAGAAGAGCAUUUUAUAUCGUGGUUGUCGACAUGUCUAAGAAGCUUGAUGAAGAAAGUCGAAUGUACGACACAGAUCGCCAUUAUCCAACAGGAUCUUUAUUUCACUCAUGGACUUAUGGAGACUACUUUCACUUUUGGCUGCAAACUAUAAACACUUAUUGCAAUGAUGGAAUAACACAAAAGGAUCCGAAUCACACAACAGUAAUCAAAGACUCCAGAGCGAAUGUCAAUUUUCAACCGGUAAUUCUUGUUGCCACCCAUAAAGACAAGCUG